CGUCGGAGCCAGCCGCUGCGGUGGAGCAGGUCCAUGGCGGCGGUGUCGGCGGUGUGCGCCUCGCAGGGGCCCCCGCCGGGCGCACCGUCCCCGCCGGCGGGCGCGCCUGUGCCCGCGUCCGGCCUGGGCCGCUGCCGGUUGGCGCUGCUGCUGGCCGUGGCGAUGGACGUGGCGGGCAUGGCGGCGCUGCUGACCGGCGUGUUCGCGCAGUUGCAGGUGCGCGGCCGCGACUUCGGCGACCUGCUCAUCUACUCGGGCGCGUUGCUCGUCUUCCUAAGCCUGCUCGGCUGGAUCCUCUGGUACACCGGCAACAUCGAGAUCUCGCGCCAGGAACUAGAGCGCGACUACGGCCUGCGGCCCUCGGCGCUCGCCCGCCUCGCGCGAAAGCUCUCCCGCCGCUGGUCGGCGCCGGCUUCCUCCUCCGCCGGCCGGCGCGCCGCGCCCAGCUCCUGGGGAGCGCGCCCCGCCGCCCGCACGCCCCAGCCGCCCGCCACCGGCUCCCGCCGCGUGCGCCUGCAGCUCGCCGCGCUCGAGGCCGGGCCUGGGGCGGCGUGUGCGAGCAAAGAGUGAGCCCGAGACGAACGCAUGGCCACACCUGUCAGGACACGAUGGAGAUGUGCAGCUGCCCCAUCGCCAUCUGGCUGCCAGGAUGCCUACCUGUCCUCCAUCUAUCCUCCCCUGGAUAAAGGGCUCUGCCUCACUGUGCUUCAUAUCUGUCUGGAGAGGGACGGCACUGGGGCAGGGGUGAGGGAGGGGCUGCCCAAGCCCUUGGGGACCUAGGAGCCUAGCUUCACGCUGUCGCCUCAUGGAGGGGGACAGGAGUGGGGGGCAAGGAUCUCAAGCCCAGACCCACCCCCUGAGUCCAGACCUCCCUCAGCCCAGGUUCCUCUGUUAGUUUGAGGUCCCCAGAGAUGCAGACAGAGGGAUGAAGACUUGCAAGAUAUUUGUUGGGGACAUACUUAUGGAGGGUAGGUUGGAGUAGCUCUGUUACCUGAGAAAGGAGGGGCGGAGGAAAGGACUGAGCAUGAUGAGUCUUCAACUGUAAUGAAGUUCCAGGAAAAUUUCCGUGCCACCACUAGGGAGUCUGAGAGCUAUAGUCGUCUGGCGUUCGUGGGAAGCAAGGCAAAUGCCUGCUGGCCCAAGGGCGGCAGGAUCCCAAGGGCAGGCAGCAGAGGCUGUCAGGCAGCGGCAGAAGGACAGCUGAGGGGCACGGUGGUCCAUGUCCCCCCAGCCCAGCUGCAGUCCCAGCCCAGGCCACCCACA